AUGGUAGAGGAUUUCUUGGAGGUGUUCAUGGAUGACUUCUACAUUGUGUGGGGAUUCAUUUUAAAGAUUGUCUUGGCCGUACGGGUCAAGUCUUUGAAAAAGAUGUGGGAGACAAAUCUCGUACUAAAUUGGGAGAAGUGCCAUUUUAUGGUGAAGGAAGAAAUCGUCCUCGAUCCUGAAAAUCUGCGAAAAGGGAAUCGAGGUCGAUCGACAAAAAUUGAUGUGAUUGCAAAACAUCCACCACUGUCUCGAUCAAAGCUUCUUGGAAAAGAGGCCAAGUUUGAUGAUAAGUACCGAAAGGCAUUUGAGGAGUUAAAAGAGCGUCUCACUACUGCUUCGAUUAUUGUUGUGCCUGACUGGUCCUUGCCAUUUGAACUAAUGUGUGAUGCUAGUGGUUUUGCAAUGGUGUUGUGCUUGGGAGAGGCACAAUAA